AUGUACCAGGAGGUCUCAGUGCGUCGGGUACGGAGUCUCCGUGGAAACAUCAUGGCUAUGGCGCAUACCUUGGUGGAGCUGCUCCGGACAACGGAUCAUGACCAGAACAUGCGGCAGGACUGCCACAACGAGUUGCAGGCUGCCAUCGGAAACAUCGAGGCAGAGUUUGACAAGCAGGGGCAGGAGUACGAACUUCAUUCGAAGACGCACUACAAGAACGUGGUGCGCCUUUGUGAGGAAUCGCGUAUGGAUGCCUUGAAGUCUGCUGUUGCCGCUCUUGCUUCUGGCGCGGCCGCGGCAUGUUCCUUGGUUGCCCUUCGGCUUGCUUGGGUUUCCUGUCGACCGGAGCACUUGGCACGAGUCGUCUUUGGGCAGAAUUGGUACAGGCCGAGUAAGGUCGUCGCCCGAAGUGGAGACGUGCUGUGGGUGAAGAUGACCAAAGCGGCGGGCGGUCCAAAGCGACAUGUCUUGUGGCUCUUGAGGCAGUUGAUGCGUACCUCGGCGGGCGCACUCCUCGCGGCUCGCGUGCGGAAUUGCCAUCUUGUGGUCGCGCUGGUGUGCUCAGAGAAGCAAGGAGAGUGGCGCCGAGGCACAGGCCGAGUCGCUUGUGAAAGUCGAGAUGGAGCAACACCAGGCCAUGUGGCAAGGUGCCAGGAUGGCGGUGGACGCCGUCAAAGACAGCGCCGAUCGGCUUGCCAGUCCGACGCCCGGCGAACGGAGCGUCGGCAGACAUUGACAAAGCAGAUGCUGCAAGAACUCUGGACCAUGAGCAUGACGACUGAUGAGAUGAUUGUGUGGAUGUCUCAACGAGGAUGCUUUCCACCCACUCGGUGCGCAACAUGGUCUCGCCGGGUCGCUAGGACAAGAUCCUCGGGGCCUUUGAGGAGAUUACAAGAACUCUGCCGAAGCCUUCUCUCGGAGGGGCAUAAUCUUCGGGCUCCUAAGCCCAAAAACCCUGGGCAAAGGUUGGUGGGAGUGUGUUUCGCAGGCCCGAAGCCAUGGAGGUGA